AUGGUCAGGUGGUUGGAGGCUCUCUUCGCCGCCAUCGAUGUUGCCGCUCCCAUCGAUGAUCGUGACUAUCCCCGCGACCAAAGCAUUCCCCGCAUUCAACGAAUCCGCUGGUUCCGUGGCCAGACACCAGCACCGACGAACAACUACCCCGUACCGACGCCAAGACCACUGAGUCCUGAACUCCGCCGCGUGGCCUCUGCCGAGGCACCCGAUCCCUUCCCAGCAUCAUCGACUAUAGAGGGUCUCGUUCACCAGGCCGUCGUCAACGAGCGCGGCGAGACCAACGUAUUAGACAGCGAGUCUAUUUACGGUCCCGGACCCGGGAGGAACGAGCUGAUCAGCAGCCGCUUGUCGACAACAUCGUAUCCCAACGAGGCCAUCGACCCUGACACUGGAAAAUGGGCGCCCGAGCACCAAUGGAGUGCGGCCCACGAUCUGCUUUACGCCAAGCUUUGCUACUCUGUUCUCCUGUUCAAGAGCCCCCGAAAGUCAAAUUACAUCAUCAGCAAGGGCAAGCGAUGGUUUGUGGAUUGGGCAACAGGUCGCAUGGUGCGCGUACUGCCGCCAGCCUACGGCGAGAUUGAUUUCUUCGGCCCUUGGCAAGUCAUCCACACGGAAAACAGGAGGAUUUAA